GUAACUAGGAAGUCGUGCAGUAACUAUGGCAAACAGGCUGGAAGGAAACGGAUUUUAACAAGCAUGAAGACAAGAAAAUCUGUUUAACCACUACAGAAGUGUAUAAUUCAGAUCAAUGGCUCUUCCAACCCUCUCUGCUUAUGGGCCCAAGCGGUCGUGGAUGCUGGCUCAACAGAUGGCUCGGAAGCGGGACCAGGAGGCCCGUUGGCGGCAGCAGUGGGAGCAGCAUGCUCAUUACUUCAAGGAGCAGAGUGUGCAUGGCCAGAGGCAAGCAGUUUGGAGCUCCCAUCAGUCCUUUGAGCAGAGUAUGUCAGUGUACCAUAAGCAGAGAUUGAAGGAGGAGAAGAGGGCCCAGUUGGAGCAGCGCAGGAAUCGGCUCAGGGUCAUGCUUCAGGAAGAGCGAGUACAGUUAGAGGCGGAGCUCCAGAAAGUGGUUCCCAACAGGAACACUUUGUCAAGUCAGCUGGCGCAAAAAACGCAAGAACUUCGUUCACUGCAGGAGCAGAGAAGAAAAAAGGUGGCAGAAGAGCUGCUGAAGGAGCACUGGAGGAAAAACAACCCAGAGUUGCGUCAGGUUGAGUCAUCAUUGCAUAAAGAUCAUGUUAUCAGCCAGUGGGAGGAGCAGAUAUCACAGAAAAAACAGCAAGAAGUGGCAGAGCAGGAGGAAAAGAGGCGCUUUGAAAACGAGCAUGAGAGGACUUGGAAAGAGGCUCUCGAGCGGAUAAGGCGAGCAGAAGAGAAGAAGAAAGCAGAGGCAUACAAAAGAGCAGAAGACCUCCGCAAGCAAAUGGAAGAGCUGAAACUGAGGGAAGACGAGGCCACUCGUCUGAAGGAGGAGGAAGAGGCUCUGCAGGCUCAGCAGUGGGAGCUGGAGAAGAUGGAAGAGGAGAGGAGGAAAGCAGAGGAAAGGCAAAAGAAAUGUGAGAUCAGGCAUUUCCUCUAUCAACAAUAUCGUGCUCAGCUGAAGCAGAGAGCCCAAAGAGUGCAGGAGGAACUGGAGGCAGACCGUAAGAUCCUGGCAGCGUUGCUAGAAAGAGAGCAGGAGGACAGGAGGCUGGAGAGUGCAUGGCGGGAAAGGGCGAUAGUCGAUGCUGCCUGGAUGAAACGUGUGAUUGAAGAGCAGCUUCAGCUGGAGCGAGAGAGAGAGGCUGAGAUUGAUAUCCUGCAGCGGGAAGAAGCUCGACGCAUGUGGGAGAACCGAGAAGCACAGUGGGCAAAGGAAAGGAAAGCCAGGGAGCGGCUCAUGCAUGAGGUGCUUGUGGGGCGACAGCAGCAGCUGGAGCUGAAGAUGGAACAGAACCGUGAAGCUCAGGAGGAGUCCCUGAGGAGGCGAGAGGAGCUCAUACAGGAACUGGAAAGAGAGCGCAACAUCAGAAAAAGGGAGCGUGAACAGGAGGUGGCCCACAAGACAUCACGGAUGCAAGAGAUAAAUGCUCAAGUGGAGCAGCAACACCAAGAGUGGUUGGAGGAGCGUUACAGGAUGGAACAACAGGAGGAGGAGGACAGAGAAGCUCUUCAAGCUGAGGAGGAGGAGCUGAGGCAGGAGAUGCAGAGGAUGACAAAGAAAGGCUACCAGGAAAAGAUUCACAUCAGACCCCGAUCAGCCUGGACAUGAGCAG